UGGCGAGAACGGUGUAACCACCUAGUCAAAACACGCUGUUGCGUUGUAUCGCUCGCGAGGCAACUCGCGCCGCCUCGUACAACUGCAGUAGUUGCACUCGGCUGCAGCUGGAGCUGGAACUACACCGAGCGAUCAGUUCGGUGUUUCGGCUUUCCCCGCGAGAAUCAAAAGUUGCUUUCGUUGAUUGUUUCGCGUAGUGACAAAUUUGUCGGUGAGCGUUGCCGUGGAACACGGGUGCGCGGUUUCUUAUCGCAGUGAAAAUUGUGUCGCCACGGGGUAACUAUACGCGAUCGGAAAAAUCAACGAGGAUACUUUUGCGCGUAAAAAUCCGUGUGAAGUCGGGUUUAGUUGACGCGGGAUGUGUGCGUGGUAUUAUGGCACGGGGAAAAGUCGCGGGAAAAAUUGUAUCGCAGUCAUGUAAUCGAAUUACGCGAAAAAUUGGCGAGCAAACGAGAAUUGGGGGAUGGAAAACUAUGGGAAAUUGUGUAACGCUGAAACGAAUAUAAUUGAAUUAUCCGAUUGAAAAAAGAAAAUUACGCAAAGCGCUACCGCAGUGUUUCCGUGCGAGGACAAUAUUGCGCGGUAUAUCGCGUCCCGUUAAAAUAUAAUAAACACAAUCGAAUUACGCCUGUGCAAAAAUUUAGAAAAAUGGAAUCAAAAAAUAGGAGUACCGUUCAGGGAAUUUAAAGGAAAAUCGAGGUACGAAAAACCUAAUGUAUAUUAUCUCGUAUUAGAGUAAACGUAACCGAAUUAUGCGACUAAUAGAAACGAGAAGCAAACGCGCGUAGCAUAUCUUUGCUCCGAAAAAAUUGCGCGGAAGUAGUGCGACGACGUCGGAAUAUAAUUAAAUUACUUGAUUGCGAGGAGAAAAUUAAGAAAAGAACGCAUGUGUACCGUGUUUUGCAGAGGAGAACAUUUUUAUCGCGUCGGAGUAAGUCCAGUUACGCGAAGGAAAAAAUUAAAGAGUAAACACGAAUUGAGUCGCGUAACUGCAAAAACAAAAUUAGAGAUGACGUGAAGGGAAAAUGAGCAGGAAAGGUGAACGAAGUCGCGACUAAGUAACGAAGAAUAUAAAAAUCGGAAAAGUGCAGAAAGAAAAAGUGCGCGCGUGUCGCGUUCGAGAAAAAAUAUAAUUGGCAAAGGUAUCGAAGCGUGACUGGAAACGAGGCUAAGUUUGCGACGAUUUUACGACGACCUUGGCUCGAGAAGAGUCGUAAAAGCCGAAGAGGAGAACAGUGUUGGCCGGCUGGAUCCGGCUAUUUUCGAGCGGAAAUCGACGCUCGUCUCUCGCGUUUGGAAAUUAUUGUACCGUGUCCGAGAAGGAGAAGAUCAAAGAAAUACUCGGGAGUCGUACGUCCGUUCGCGUUAAACGUUAAUUAAUUUAUGAAUCGCUGGGUCGAGUUCGUUUCCAGAAGACGCGGCACGACGCCGAACGUCGCGUCGGCUCCGGACAAAGCUUCGAUCGAGCGCGUUAAGGGCAAUUAUCGUUCCUUCCCCGAUAAUUAGAGGGGUGGCGCGAUAAAAAUCGCUCGUCGUCGACCCGAUCGAGAUUCCUCGCUUCAGACAGUAGUCCCGUAACGGUAUUGUGCGUAAACAGGUAGCUUCUAUGCCGUUCUUCGAUGUUUCGAGAUUGAUCGAUAUCUCUUUCGACCCGACCGAGUAUCUAUCAUGCCAUUCUCGGCAACGGAAAAUCAGACAAGUAUCGUUCAUUACUUUAACCGUUUUACCAUUGCACCGUGCUCGAACGAGCGGUCGAACCGAUGCGAUUUCGAAGGAAAUAGAAAAGUUGGAGAACCGUUUAUUAGCCACGAAACGCGUGUCCUCGUGAUCCAACAAGUUCGAGGAAUCCCGUAAAUACCGUGGCUCGUAUCGUCGCCAUCUACGAGCCCUCCUGUAAUUAAUUAUUCUCGACGAGUCGUAGGCCAUUUAAAUUAACGAGGCCAUCCGCCCGUGAGAGGAAAGCCUGAUCGCUUUAAAAUUGUGCCGUCCUAGAAACUCUCGAGGAACAUCUGGACGCGAGAAACUCGAUCGGAAACAAAAGGGAACAUAAUGGUCCAUUCGUUCUCUCGAUAUCUGCCGCGCUGCGAAUCUUUUCUUGUAACGUCGUUAUUAUCGUACAAUCGGUAUUUCAGGAUUCUCCGAUCAGUAUUGUAUAUAUACGUUAUCGAUACAGUAUCGCCAAUAAAUAUAGAAAUAUCCGCAAUAUCUAUCGACCCUUCGUUAGAAAUUGAAAGGAACCGGUUAAUUUCGUUGCUAGCUAAAACGGUCGAUUUCCGAGACUAUUUUCGGACGGGAAGGCGACACUUCAUUCAUACUCUUCGACCGUGGAAAUUCGCCCACGGACUUCUAAUUAAAUUUCAAUUUUCUCGUCGACUUGUUCGCUCGAACACGGCUCAUCCUUGAUUUUCUAGAACAGUUUAGAGCUCGAGUUUCUCGAAAUGGUAUAAUUGUUCGAGCGUUUCGUUUUCUCGUAAUUUAUCGGUACGUUAGAAAACCUGGUCGAGUUACGGCGAAAGUUCAUUUGCGCGAAUUAUCCAAAGAAAAAUGAAUUUUCGCUUACGCUUUCGUUAUUUCUUAUUUGUUCGAGCGUUUUAUCUCCUCGUAACCGGUUAGCAUAUUAGAAAAUAGAGGAGAGACGAAAGUUUACCGUAACGAAACUCGCGGUUUCUUGCGAUCGUUUAAUCGUAUCGCGUUAGUUCUUACGGAAUCGGUUCCGCGAUAUACGUUAACGACAGAAAGAGUGCAGUCUUUUAGAAAAUCGAGAAUCAUCGACGUACGACGAACACGGGAAUUAACGGGGUAAUACAAAUAGUUACGCCAAAGUACUCGAACGCUCGGAAUUUCGCCUAUUUUCUGGCGUUUAAUUGCAAAACGGUUUCACCGAGAUCGAUGUAAAGGUAACGGAGACCUAAGUGGAAACGCGUGUUUCCGAUGCUGAUCGAGUACCCUCUUCGCCCUUAAUCUCGAUAGCGUACAGCUUAGUCGAUAAAUCAGCCCUUCAUCCCUUAUCCACCCUCCAUAAUUGCGAGGUUAAGUUUUGACGCGCUCGAUUAUCGGAUUAAAGCUUCUCUCUUAUAUUACGUCGAGCAGACCACCCCGAUGCCAAGGAUGGUGGUCUACCAUAGUAAUUACCAAUAUUUGCUAUCGCUCCGCUCUAACGUAACCGCGCUGUUCAAAAGAUCAUUUUUAUGGCGUUCUUUCACCGAAAAUUAACGUCGCGAUCUCUAAAAUAGAAACGAAUCAUCGAAGCUGAUUGGAGAAUUAUUUCUACAGCAACCAAGCUCCGAUUUCUACAUCCAGAAUCGUUUUUAAAACGUAUAAAUUAUACUUUUGCGCUCCCGAUUAAUUUCGCUCGACUUUCCUAGCUUUAGAAAGCCAAAGACAUCGCUUUUCAUCUAAUCCCCGCAAAACGAAGCGAUAGAAUCGGUUAAACCAGCGGAUCCCGUUUCGCUUUUUAAUCAUCAGUGGGCGUCGCUUGGUAUAUAGGUUCAUCGAUUAAAAAUAGACGGUCGAUGUUUUUUACACGAACUGGACUUUCGGAGCUUUCGACGAUCUCUGGCUAGCGGUCGUCCGUCCGAAAGUAUUAUUUAAUGAACCGCGUCGAAUCUCGGCUGCGUCUACUCGGGAUCAAAUCGGAGCCGUGCUCUGUUAACCAUGCGAGGAUUCGGACGUUCCGCGUGAAACCGUGCUUCACGCCGGAGCAGAUUCUCGUCGAAGAUGGAACGUGCCAUUCCGAGCAGCGACAGUUGCACGAAGAGGUUGUCCACGAUCACGGAAUACUCCGAGUCAGCGAUCGACAGCGACAACAACGAUCUUGCCGAGUGCCUCGGGGAACAGGAGGGGGAUCACGCGAUCCCUCGGGACGAUUUCGCGAACGAGCAACUCGAGACGGAGACGAACGUCAAGUAUUUCCUCGUGGACGACUCGCCGAUGGCGAAAUUCAGCCGCAGCAUCAAGUGGAUCUACAAGAAAUUACCAGUGGGCGGGGGUGGUGCUGUGCUGGUGCUCAGCGAGCUUGAAAGCAUGGCGGCCAGGCAGCAGCGGGAAAUUGCCCAGCAAAGGCGCCUCCUGGAGCAGAGAGAGGCCCGUCUGGCCGUGCUUCGAGGCGCACAGGAGCCAGCACAGCAGGAACAACUCGCCAGAUUGAGGCACAGGCUGGACCAACAACAGAGCAAACUGAAUCGGUUGCGGUUGCUCAGAUCGCAGACCGACCAGUCGCGUGCCAACAACGCCACGUUGACCUCGGAUCUGGACUGUAUCAGGGCAUUGUUCAAUGAAAAGGAGAAGGAGCUUUCGUUGGCUGUGGCGAAGGUCGAAGAGCUGACGCGACAGCUGGAGGAGCUACGAGGUCGACAAAACGGUGGUGGGACCGGAAGCGGAGGCGGUGGUGCCGGAGGCGUCGGCGGCGGAGGCGUCGGCGGUGCCGGCUCUGGACAUUUGUCCACGCCAGCCAGCGCCGAGCUCGAAAAGCUUAGGAGAGAGCUUAUGUAUCGUAACAAGAUGAACGAGCAGCAGAACCAAAUGGUGUCCCAGCAACGUUUGGCCCUGGCGCAACGACAAGCGGAAAUGGCGUCCAUCGACGCGAGGAUAGCUCAACUUCAAGGUCGUCUUCAGCGUAAAAGAGCUCUGAACCAACGGCUCAGUCAGCAGCUAGGAUCGGGAAAUCGUAGCAACGCGAACACCGCCUUCGCGGACUCGAAGUUGGACUUCAACGCCGGGGGCAAGUCCAGACCAGCUGGUAACAUAGCCGCGAUCGAACCGUAUUCUCAUAUACCGAACGACAACGACUUCAAUCUGAACAAAAACGACCCGAAGUACCAGACACUGCCGUACAACACCAAAUUCACCGUGAACUUUAAAGCUGCCGAGGAUGACGUUAACAAGAACAAGAUUCAACAUUCGGCCAGUGCCUCGCAGCUGGGCCAAAGAGCGGCCUUCCAACAAUUUGGUCACCAGAUCGCUCAUAGUCAAUCGCAGUCGCAUAUUCAAGGUCAGUCACAGAUACUAGGGACAAACCAGCAGCACAACCAAAACAUCGGAAACCAGCCUGUGAACAUGCAGCAGACUUGCAACAACAACAACAAUAAUAAUAACAACAAUAAUAACAACAAUAAUAAUAACAACAACAAUAACAGUAACAACGCGAACAACAAUCUGAUCAGCUCGUCCCAUAACUUCAGUCCGGAUGGAUUGUCGCAGAACCUCCGGAUUCACCAUCAGCAGCAGUCUCAAACGCAGCAACAGCAGCACUCGAACAUGCAACAGAAGCAACACAACGUAGGCUCGUCGACGUCGAAUCUCGGCACAACGGUGUCCAUCACUCAAACCCAAAAUCAUAGAAAUCUACAGACUCAUCAGAAACCGGUGUCCAGCGUGGCUCCGAGUUUCUCCGUUAAAUCACAGAUUUAUCAAACCUCUUCCACCAAAAUUCAUCCGGUCAUGCCUCAAACGUUGAGUCUGAUAGGUCGUGGUCACACGAACGCGCAGAAUUUCGCCAGUUUGAGCAACCAGAAUGGCGGUCAACAGCAAUCUAACCAAUCCGUUCCGAGCAACCAGUCCAACCAGGAACAACAAACGUACGCGUCUAGGCACAAUUACUCUGGAAUGCAGCAUUCUACCCAAACGAACACGCACGUAUCCUCGUCGGUGGUGUACCAGUCUCAGAAUUCUCCUAAUCCGCCGAACAAUCCGACGAUCCACACCUCGUCCAGCGGAAGCAGCUUCGGUAACUCGGUCCAGAGGUACAACCAAUCGCAAUCACUGACCAGCCCCGUGUCCAGCAACGAUCAGAACGACAAGAUGAAAUUCGAGCAAGGAAAAGGUCAGGAGAAGUUCGAACACGCGUUGUCGACCAAACACGAGCAACAGAGGUACGAGGCUAACUCGGUGUUCAAGUACGACCCGCAUCAGAUGAAGUACGAUCACCCUAAGUACGAUCAACACGGGAAGUACGAGCAGGCUAAUCAGCCGACGAAGCUGUACGAGCAGUCUAACAAGCACGAGCAGACUGGUAAUCAGACGAACAAAUACGACAACGGGAAGAUCGAGCAAACGAAGCACGAGCAAAUCCACGGGGUCAAGUACGAUCCCAAUCAGAAUACUCAACAGUAUGGCAAGCACGAUCAGCACGAAGUAAGACCUUCCGUGAAAUACGAACACGGCACGGGCUUCAAACUUGACCCCUCGAAUAAAUACGAGACCGCGGGACAACAGUUCAAGCAGGAACCGGUCAAGUUCGAGAACAAUCAAAACAAGUACGAGCAAACACCUACGACGAAGCACGAGCACAACGGAAAGUUCGACAUUCCGACCAAGGCGUCCGAUAAGACGUUCGAGUUCGAUAGGCUGAAGAACGAGAGCGAGAGGAAGAGUCUGAACGAGAUACGAGGAGAGGAUAAGACGAAACCUGCGCUACCUCCCAAACCGAGUAAACCCAACCCUCCACCGAGACUGACCCAUCACGAGAAGGUGGACAACGCGGACGGAAUUGCCGACUGUAAAAACAACAUAGGAAUCAGUCCUAGGGCAGAGAAGGAAGAAGAAGUACCACCGAUACCCACUUCGGAGCCACCAGAGUCACCCACGGAAACACAAUUCGCGAACCAUCAAAUCAUCAAGGCUAGGCCUCUGACCCUGAAGAAGGCACCGAUCUCCGAGCAACCGAAGCUACGUUACGCCAAGUCGAAUGUCCACGUGUCGAUAAACCGACGGAUUGAGAUGCCACCGGCGUUCCUGUUCCCCGAGACCGAAAUUCCAGCUGACCUGAUGCAACAAACGGAGCAACAACAGACUCAACAACAGCAGCUCAUCGACACUACGGACAACUGUAAGAAGAGCAACGCGUUGAUCAACGAGGAUGCUCUCAACAACGAGAAACUCGAGGAAGCGGACAUCAUCGACGCGUUGAACGUCAUCAACAUCGAGGACAAGGCGAAGAAGGAUUCCGAGAGACGAACGACGGAAACCGAAGUGGAGAGCAAGAGCAACGAAGUGAUGAGGAGGAAAAAAGGAAACCUAAAGUCUAGCACAGGAAAGGCGAACCUCUCGAGGAGGGUGUCCUUCGAUCCUCUGGCUCUUUUGUUGGACGCCAGUCUCGAAGGCGAGCUGGAACUGGUUAAGAAGACUGCCAAGGAGGUGGCGAAUCCCAGUUCAGCGAACGACGAAGGCAUCACGGCGCUUCACAAUGCCAUUUGUGCCGGUCACCUGGAGAUCGUUAUGUUCCUCGUUGAAUUCGGCUGCGACGUGAACGCGCAAGACAGCGAUGGCUGGACUCCGUUGCAUUGUGCCGCAAGUUGCAACAAUUUGUCGAUGGUGAGAUUCCUGGUGGAGCAUGGAGCUUGUAUAUUCGCCACCACUCUCUCCGAUCAUGAAACUGCCGCGGAGAAGUGCGAAGAAGAUGAGGAGGGCUUCGACGGUUGUUCGGAAUACUUAUACAGUGUUCAAGAGAAACUUGGUAUAAUGAACAACGGCCAAGUAUACGCGGUGUUUGAUUACGAAGCGCAACACAGCGACGAGCUCACGUUGAAGAACGGUGAUUCUUUGGUCGUGCUUCGAAAAGGCGACGACAACGAGAGGGAGUGGUGGUGGAGCAAACUGGGACACAAAGAAGGCUAUGUACCUCGAAAUCUACUUGGCCUGUAUCCAAGGGUGCAACCGGCUAAAGUGGACUGAGACGCGUGUCGGCCAUCGGACUCGCGAUAUCCGACGAUUCAUUACCACAGUAUUCGAUUCGCAGCUUUAUCUCGUUAAGUAUCAUAGUUACAUCGUCACGUCACGAAUCGUUAUCUUAUUUAAUCGCGUCCCAUUGUCAUCCUGAACAAAGCGAACAAAAUGUUCUAUAUAUACAUAUGGUUUUUUAUAUUUUAUAAGACGAAAUCGCAUUGUAUUGCUAAUGAGCCCGGAUCAUGGGUUGUUGUAAGUUAUUCUCGUUGACCCUUUCGCUGUGGACUCCGUGUAUUCUCCUCGUUAAAAAUCGACUGAUUAAAUGUUAAUCUUGGCGAAUCUGGGACAAUCGUAACCCAGACUUUUAAAGUAUAUCAUAAAAUGGUGCUUCGACUAAUUAAGCACUGAAACUUUUCUAUAAAAAGAUGCAUAUAUAUGUAUAUGCGCGUAAAUUACCAAUCACAGCAAAACUUUUCCCCAAGACCAGUAAAAUAAAUAUUAAAUAAAUUAUUAACACAAUGUUAGCCACAGCGAAAAUGUUUAAGAAUUAGACCAUUCGUCGAUGUUGUUCGGUGAACAAUUCAUGAAUUCAAUUCGGUGAAUUCAUCGUUCGCAUUGAACGCGUGAAAAAUAAUUGUGUAAAAGAACUACGUGACGAACAAUUAGAGUAUAAUUAAUUAGCACGAAUGAUAUACGAAAACUAAAUGACACGCGCAAAGUACGUAUGAUCGCUCUCACACUCGCCGUAUUCGAAAACGUGUAAAUCGUAUUAGGAGAAAAAUAAGAAAGAAAAUUUAUCAACUAGAUACUUGGUAAUUUUAACUAGAAUAAUUUGCAGCGUAACGACUACGAAUGUCCCACAAAAUUAUUUAUCGUUGGUCAGUUCCUUCAAUGAGACGGUACAGAAAGUGAUAUUUGUGGUAAUACCGCUUUUAGAUUUGAGGUAGUUCAGGAUUGAAAUAUUUUAAUCUAGUAUUCAUUGAGGCGAAGAUCAUUUAAGAAGUUUCUGUUCUUCGUUAAAAAAGAAUGAAUGAAAAUUGAUGCAUACGUUUGUUUCCAUUAUGAUGCAAUUUUAAUUAGUUAUAAAUAUCAUUUAACCGUACAAUCGUUUACGAGUGCAAUGUAAGCUUCCUUUAAAUAAGAAACUAAAAAUUUAUAAUUUUUCGUGCGUGUACAUCAAUUCUCAAGAUUCGUCGAAAGAAAGAUCGUGAAACUUUUUAAAUGAUCCUCUAGGGACUGUUUAAACUUUACUUGAAACGUUUAAUUUGUUUCACCUAAAUGUUUUUAUUUAGAUGAAGUCAAAUUAUUGUUGCGAGCAUUGUUACGUUUAUUCGUCAGUGAAAUUUUCCAAAUCCGACUCGGUUAAUUUCGGAUUUCGAAAAUGUUCCUAAGAAUGUAUAACAUAAUCUUGCCAAUACGCACUUUAAAGCAAUUUUGUAAGGAGCGCGCGAACGGAGAUUGUAAAGGAUUUCGACGGUGGUAAUUAACGACACAAACGCCUUUUCGAACGUUUCCUUUUUAAUUUUUCCUUUUUUUUGAGCGAUGCCACCAAUGAUUCAAGAAUCUCUAAUAAAAUGACUUGACACACACUUGACUAGACUUGUAUAAUUAAUGAUUAUUGCCUAGGACAGAUUGAAAUGUUUGGAUCAGAAAGAUUCUGAGCGCGUCGUUGUACUGUUAAAAAAUGUGUACAGGUAUAUGCGAAAGAUGUUAACACAGCCUCAGAACAUUUCUGAUAUUCACUUCGUAAAUAAAGUAUGUGCCUUUCAAGAAGUAAUAAUGGAUAUAUUAUGUAAGAAUGCAUGAUAUAUUAUGACGAAUAAAUUGUUUUUAAUAGAAA